AUGGUGAGUACACAUUUUUGGAAUGGGGUCUCACUUUGCUUGAGAUUGUUUGAACCGUUGUUUAAGGUUGUUCAACUUGUGGAUGGGGAUAAAAAGCCAUCAAUGGGGUUUUUGUACGGGGAGCUACAAAAAGCGAGGAAUGAGAUAAAAAAGGCAUUGAAAAAUAAUGAGACCCAUUAUAGACCAAUCAUACAAAUUAUUAAUGGAAAAGCUCAUGAUCGGCUUGAUGGUCCAUCACAUUUGACGGCUUACUUCUUGAAUCCUUAUUACUUCUUCAAAGAUCAAAGCAUUCAACAUGAUUUAUUUGUCAUUGACGCCAUGUUUACUUGUGUUGAGAAGUUCUUCCCCGAUGACUUUAAAGUCCAAAACCGAGUUAUUAAUAUAAAGAUGUCGAAUACAAGAAAAAAAAAGGGUGGAUUUGGAAGACAUUUGGUGGAGAUUGGAUGCGUUGAGAAUGAUGACAACUAUGAUCCGGCUUCAUGGUGGUCUACUUAUGGUAAUGGUGUGCCUAAUUUUCAAAGAAUUGUUAUCAAAAUUCUCUCAUUGACUACAAGUUCAUCCGGGUGUGAAAGAAAUUGGAGCACUUUUGAGGGGAUACAUACAAAGAAAAGGAAUAGAAUAGAUACUACAAGGUUGAAUAAUUUGGUCUAUGUCCAAUUCAAUGCGAGGAUCAUGAACAAGAAGAAAAGAGAGAAAAAGAAGAAAGUGGAUAUACUACUUGCUAGUGAAGUUAGUAUGACGCAAGGAUGGAUUGUGGAGGGUGUUGAUGCAGAAAUUGAGCUUGGUUCGGGAAUGGAUGGAGAGCAAUUAUAG